ACAUGAUGCAAAAUAAGAUAAAUUAAUAUGAAUCAAUGUCCAAAUUAUAGAGCAAGAAGUCAUUUAGAAGAGAUAUUAGAUUUAAAUCAAUCUAAGAGGAGAAGAAUUAAUGUUAAGAGAUCCAUUAUUCUAUAACUACUGCUAUUUAAUAUAUAUAUAUAUGGAAUAGGUAAAUUUAAAGAUUAUUUUGUGUUUAUAAACAGAUACAGGCAUUAUAAUUUAAAAUGAAAUUAGAUUCAAUAUUAAAUUAAGAAAGAUCCUCCUAAAAUAGGAUCUACAGUUAUUAUGGAUCAUAGAUGAUGAUAGAGAGUGAUUUAUGA